AUGCAGCCGCCCUACGACGCCCACCCGUCGAGCGCUCGAACACCCUUCCCCGUCCCGGCCUCGCACUCGCCCCACGCCAGCACGAGCAGCCACCCGCCGCAGCCGCUGUCCGCCGAGCCGCCAGUGGGACCUUCUUCCACCGCACCUGUCCUAGCGCCCACCGACCCGCACGGCAAGAAGCGCAAGAAGGCACUUCGAGCGUGCGACGAGUGUCGUGCGCGCAAGCUCAAGUGCAUCUGGGUCGAGGAGCGCCACCCGCCCGUCUGCUACGAGUGCGCCAAGCGGUCCACCCCGUGCGAGACGAUCCGGCCGGCCAAGGUCGACCCGCGCAAGCGCGCCAAGCUCGAGGCGCUGCAGCGCACCGGGUCCGACACCAAGCUCGGAGCGACUUCGACCUCGCCCGCCGCGACGGCGUCGCCUGCGUCGACCAAGGGCUUCACGGGCACGAGCGACGGUCUCGACAUGCUCGCGCGCUGCGUCGACCGCGUGUCGAAGCGCAUGCAGGAGCGCAGCCCGUCGCCCGACCAGCGCGCUCCGUCACCGCCGGCGACGCGCAUGCUCGGCGAGACGAGCCUGACGCAGUUCCUGGCGCAGCUCCAAGGGAGCGAGGACCUGUCGCUCAUCGACAAAGAGUACGGCCUGUGGCGCUCGUCGGACGGCUCGGUGCGCACCGUCGUCAAGCGCGCACACGUCCACACGCCACAUCCGCUCGGCACUCUCACGAGCGAGACCGUCCUCGAGCUCGUGCAGCACUUUGUCGACCACGUCCUGCCCCUGUUCCCAGUCGUCACGGUCGCCGAGCUGCGCGCGCUCGACACCCUGUCGCCCGUCGCGCUCCUCGCCGUGUGCGCCAUCGCGGCGUCGUCGAGGAGGUUCUCGUUCGAGCGGUUCGACACGGCGCGCGAGUUUCUCCGGACCGCGAUCGAGAUCCACGACCCGAGGGCGACGGCGAGCCUGCAGAACGUCCAGGCGCUCCUCAUCAUGACGCUCUCGUGCGAGGCGCACGGGCCGAUCUCGACCCAGAACGGCUCGCGCUCGUUCCUCCUCGCCGGCUGCGGCAUUCGGAUGGCGCAAGACAUGGGCCUGCAUCGUCAACCGCCAACCGACCUUCCUCAUGCUCAGCAGCAGGAGCGCAUGCGUGUCUGGAUGUGCUGCGUCAUCACCGAUACCUGCUACUCGGCCUCGCCCGGGCAGCCGUCCAUGAUCGACCUCGACGACUGCUUCGAUUGCUCGACAGCGUUCGAGUCGGACCCGUACCUCGUCGCCCUGUACCAGCUGUGCAUGCUCCUGCAGCGAGCGAUGAAGGCCGUCAACCGUGUCCGCCUCAGCAAGACGACCGACGCCCAGCUCGAGGGCAUCCUCGCCGACUUUGAUGCGUGGCUCGUGCAGGUACCCGACGCGCUCCAGUUCGCCGGGUCCGAGUCGACGGUCCAGGCGGGCAUGCUGCACUCGAUGAUCGUCUGCUUCGAGAGCAUCUUCCUGUCGCCGUUCGUCAAACAGGACGCGCUCCUGCCCGCCCACCUGCACUUCCGACCUUCUCGCGCCCGGUGGUUCGCCGUCGUCAAUCGCGCCGAGAACUCGAUCAACUGGAUGUUGUCGCAGGGCGAGACGCCUCUCGACACGUGGUUCAUCGGCUUCUACAGCCUCAUGCGCGCCGCCUCGGUCCACUUCUUCGCCCACACGCGCACCGGCGACGUGCGCAACCUACGCGCGAUCGAGGCCGUCGCCAACGGGCUCGCUCGCUGGGCCUCGUGGGCGCAGGACGGCCCGCUCGGCGUCAGGGCCAAGGUGCACAAGAUCUCGGCGCUGCUGUGGAGCGCGGCGGCGAGGCGGCAUGCUCCGUCCAUGACUGAGGGUGUGGCGGCGGCGGGCGGGCUUGGCGAGGGCUUGAGCGCGGGUUCGGCAGGCGACGAGGAGCGAGAAGGAGGGUCAGCUUCCGCUUCGACUGCGCCAGGGCCCCCCUCGGCCGCCACCUCGGUCCCCUCGACAUCCCUCGCCGUGCCCGAUCCCCUUCCUUCCCUCUCGGUCCCGACCUCGCCCUCGCUCGUCCCCUCGCUCCCGACCUGGACCACCGCGACCGCCGCACCCGACGCAACCGAGGGCGCGCUGCCCGACUACCUCCAGACCGAGUGGCAGGGCUGGUGCGACUCGCUCCUGACGGACAAUCUCGGGUGGGGCUUUCUCGAGGACGCGGCGUUGCCGGGCUUGCUGUAGACGCUCUCGAGCCUGCAAAGCUGUCCUCUCCUCC